AUGGCUGAUUCAGGCACAGGUGAUUCCAGUGGUCAUCACAUGCCACCACCAGGAAGGGGUGGGAGGGGCCAACUGAUGGGCCGCCGAACACCUGCUACCAUCUCUGCAGGCCGCCUUCCCGCAAUGCGUUCCAGAGAUCUUACCCUGGGGGGAGUGAAAAAGAAAACAUUUACACCAAACAUUAUUGGCCGCAAAGUUAGAGAAGAUGCCAAAGAUGAUGGCGGGCAAAGGAGGGAGAGGAAGGAUACACCCCGGGGCAGAGGUCCAAGAGAGCGAGGCCGAGGCAGGGGUAGGGGUUACCCAGAGACCAUCCAGUCCCACUCCAUUUUUGAGCAGGGUCCAGCAGAAUUGUCCAUCAGAAAAAAAGGUUAUGAAAGUGAACGAGAUGCCCCAAGCACAGGUCCAUCACCCAUCAUCAAUAUUAAAAAAGAGAAUAGAGAAACUGAGGAAGAGACCAAAGCAAUAAUUCGGAAGCUGGAACAAGAUAGUUUCAUAGAUGAUCCAUUUCUGAAGAGCGAACAGAGGAGCUGCCCGGUUCAACUUCCUCUUGCUGUGUCAGGAUGGGGGUUCCAGCAGGAAUUUAGUGCUCCGAAAAUAAAAAUUGAGAAAAUGGACGAAGAUGACCCGAUGGAACCUGCAUUAGAAAUAAAAGAGGAGGACGCAGAAAUAAAGAAGACAGAGUCUACUUUCAAGCCACCUCCACUCCCUGAACCGGACGUUCUGCCGGAUCUUCUUCACAGGUGGAGUCUGAGCAAAGGCGAGGAACUGUUCUUCAUGCAGCUGCCCGACACGUUGCCUGGCCAGCCGCCUACCAAAGAGUACAAGCCAAUAAAAACCGAGGUGCAGUCAGAGGAUGGUCAGUCUGUCCUCCUCAAAACAGAGUCUCAGGAGGAGAAAAAUGAAGAUGACAGCUGUCAUUUAAAAGAUUUGCGAGAGGGUUAUGUUGGAAAGAUGCUGGUACGAAAGUCCGGUAGGGUGCAGCUCAUAAUGGGACAGGUCACACUGGAUGUCUCCCUUGGAGCCUCAUGCUCUUUCCUUCAGGAACUGGUUUCUGUUGACACUGAAGGACGAACAGGUGACUUGACUGUUUUGGGGAAUGUGAAACACAAAAUGGUUUGCUCACCAGACUUUGAAUCACUGCUGGAGAGUAGGUGA